AUGGAUGUGAGGCAGAAGGUUGGUGUAAUGCUUGCGCUAUUAGCAUUCUUUCCAGCGCUCAUAUCAUGUCAAAACACGACAACGAACAUCACCACCGCAUCGACCUUUUACCUUGAUCGAACGGAAACCCAGUUCUCAGUCAACAUCGCAGAUGAUUCGGACGACGUCUUCAUCUACUAUGCCAGUCCAGCGUAUUCGUGGGUUGGCGUCGGUUUCGGAGAGAAGAUGGAAGGAAGCCUGAUGUUUAUCAUGUACCCCAAUGCGAAGAGCGAUAACGUAACAAUAUCCCCGCGCAUCGGCUCCAAAACUUCAGAACCAACCUUCAACUCCUCGAUCUCCUUGACUGUCCUCCCAGGAACUAGGAUCGACGACGAUAUGCUCAUCUUGAGAGCGCGCUGUGGUAACUGCCGCUCCUUCAUUGAAACUGAGGCGACAGUUCACCCUAUGAUCUACGCCUUUGGUCACGGACAAAACCUGCAAUCCAACUCGCCUUCUGCAAACCUCAAACGCCACAUCCGCUAUGGUCACUUCACCAUGGACAUGGCAACAGCAACUGGACCAGGUGAAGUACCUGUAAAGAGUAGUGCACUUAAUGGCGUAAGCAUGGUAGGCGAAAUGACAAGAGACCAUGACCGAGCGAAUCUUGCACAUGCCGUAAUGGGAUGUCUAGCGCUCUUCGUACUCUGGCCACUCAACGUGCUCAUCGUAUGUCUCUUCAAGAACAUCAAGAUACACGUUAUAUUCAGCGUAUUCAUCAUGGUCUUCCUGAUCGUGAGCUACGUACUGGGAGGAAUCACCAGUGCGCAAUAUAACCGCUCAAAAGCCUUCAAUACACCCCACCAAAUUAUCGCGUUUAUAUGUCUUCUCCCUCUUCUCCUCACCAGCGUCCUCCCCUCGCUAAAACCCUACCUUCCCCGCCUCCAAAAGGCUGUCCACGCACCCCUCGUCUCAAUUUCCCUGGUUCUACUCAUCCUAACCGGCGGUCUGGGUCUCCAUCUUUCAGGCCAAACCCGACCGAUUAUCCUCGUCUACACUGCCAUAUCUAUCGCCGUCUUCCUCUUCAUCUUCAUCCUGCAGUCGUGUAUUCGGAAACGUGGGUCCGCGUAUUCGCGCGCCGCGAAAAGGCAAAAUCGCGGUUCGGGAGAAGAGAGCGAUGAGAUGGUCAUGCUGGGUAAGAUGGAUGAGGCGCCUGUGUAUGGGAAUAUGCCAUAUGCGUAUGGUGCGGGACAGAGUGGGAGUGGAGAGUUUAGUGCUGAUGGGCAGACACCACCACAGCAGCAGCACAUGAGGAGUCAAAGUCGCACGCAUUAUGGAGGUGGUUCGAUGCCAGGUCCGCAGUAUUUGCUUAAUAUGCAUCCGGGGGUGCCGGUGCAGGUUAGUCGGAUGUGA